AUGGCGAAUGUCAGAAAUUUUAUUUACACUGUACCAUUGAACGAGAUUACACUACAAACUAAUACAAAUCCUUCUAAUGACAACAAUCGUUCAAUUUCAAAUACAAGAAGCACUUAUGAAAUUAAUGAAAGACGACGACAAGUGUUAGAUGUUAAAGAUGAUUAUAUUGAUGCAGAUCAAUCGUCUUAUGAAGAAAUAGCUGGUACUGUAUCAAAUAAAGAUGAUCCAGAAAUGUUAUGUUUAACAUUUAGAAGUUGGUUUAUUGGUUUAAUGUUUGCUUGUGGUCUAGCAUUUGUGAAUCAAUACUUGUAUUAUUCGACUAAUUCAAUAUAUAUUACUGACGCACUUAUACCUCUAGUAUCAUAUCCUUUUGGUAUUUUAUUAGCAUAUAUUUUGCCCAAGAGAGCAAUUAAGAUUGGACUUAGUGGUAAUUGGUGUUUUUCGUUGAAUCCCGGCCCAUUUUCCAUAAAGGAACAUGUAGUGAUUUAUUCCAUGGCUGCUUCUUCAUAUUCAUCAUAUGCUAUGACUAUUGUUGAUAUUAAACGAGUAUUGGGUACUGAAACAGUUAAUUUCGGAAUUGGGCUUAUUCUUCUUAUUUCAACACAACUGAUGGGAUUCGGUAUUGCAGAUAAUAAAGAAUCGUUUUGUUAA